AUGGCACACUACUCUGGUCCUGAACCGCAGCCUCGGGACAUGAUCAAUCUCGGCGCGAGCUUGAUCAUAACUGCUGGCAUGGCUAUGACAUCACUUUGGUGGCUAUCAUCUGAGUGGGACAGCUACGGCUGCUACUCAACGAUGUCAGACCCUUAUGUGUUGUGCUACAACAGCAUCCUUGCGGUCGGGCAAGUGAGCCUCCUCACAUGGCAUUAUUUGGACAAGAAUCCCCUGGUGGUUCGGUACCACGUCCCUGGACGACCUGAGAUUGCCACAGUGCAUCGGUCCUUCUUGCAUCUGCAGCGCUGGAGCACCUUCACGAUUUGGAGUAACACUGUGAGUGGCGCCUUCUUCGUAUUCGCCGCUUUGCAGGGCUGGUCCAGGAACCCAUCGUCGCUGUUGUGCACCGCAACGCAGAUCACUUGGGAGCUGCUGUUCCCUUUGGCGUUCUUCGUGAACAUAGUCGUCAGCUUUGUGCUGAUACCUGGAAUAAAGAAAAUGCGGGACGGAGACAAACUUCGCCGGAUACUUCGCUUGAAGCCACAGCUGCUCCACAACGGCAUGGUGUUGUCAGCAGCCGUCGAAGCCUGGGUCGCCCGGCCUCCUUUGCUGCUCGCUCAUUUCCCGGUGCUGGUUUUGUUCGGAAGCUUCUAUGUGGUCUUUGCCUGGUAUUUCUUCAUAAAGACGAAGGUCUACCAUUACGUGUUCAUGGAUUUUCGCUUCAAGCACCAGCCCAUUGCUUUGAUCCUGCUUCUGGCUCUCCUUGCAGCGCUCUACGCAAUGGGCGCAGGAGCUUUGGCCAUGGCCCUGGAGUCCGGAUCUGUUCGGCUGAUGAUUUUUGUCGUUGCGCUGGGAACUUGUACGUGGCGUGCCGAUGAGAUACCGGAUGAUGCAACAAGCUCUGCAGCCUCGACAAAGUAG